AUGUCUCGCUGGCUUUUCCCCUGGUCGGGCUCAAUCAAGAAGCGGGCCUGUCGGUACCUCUUACAGCACUACCUCGGUCACUUUCUGCAGGAGCGCCUGAGCCUGGACCAGCUGGGCUUGGACCUCUACAACGGCAGCGGUGUCAUCAAGGAAAUCAACCUCGAUGUGUGGGCAGUGAACGAGCUUCUGGAGUCUCUCGGCGCUCCUCUGGAGAUCGUGGAUGGCUUUGUGAGCACCAUUGCUGUGACCAUCCCCUGGCAAAACCUUCUGACUGACCACUGCACCUUAGAAGUUUCUGGUCUCCAGAUAACAUGUCGACCCAAGUACCGGACCAGUGGGGGCUGGGACUCGCAGGGCUGGUCAUCCAGCAUGACCUCCAGCAUGCAGCUGGCUCAGGAGUGCCUGAAGGACCCCCCAGAAGCAUCCGAGGAGCCGCCGGCUCCUCUGGAGGGACUCGAGAUGUUUGCACAGACCAUUGAAACGGUCCUUCGUCGCAUUAAAGUCACCUUUAUAGACACUAUUGUCCGCAUUGAGCACCAUCCCCUGGACCUGGAAACAGGCGUCGCCUUAGAAGUGCACAUCAAAAGGCUGGAGUACUUUGAUGAGGCAGUGCGAGAUCCGGCCAGCCAGACCGCCGUACCUGUUGACAUCCACCAGCCGCCUGCAUUCCUGCACAAGAUCCUCCAGCUGAGUGCAGUUCAGCUUUUCUAUGACAGCUCUGGCGUCGUCCAGGGUCCUCCUGAGGAGGAACUUGCAGAUUCAGCCACAGCCAGUGAAGGAGAAGUUGAGGAAGAAGAUGAAGAUCUGGAGGAGGAGGAAGAGGACGAAGUGGAUGAAGAGGCGAAGCCCCUGAAGGCUCCUCCGUGUCCUCCGUCUCAGCCGCUGCUGAUAGGAAGCUGCUCUGGUUUCAUCGAGACCACUGUCAAGAUCAAGCAAAACGACAUGCUCCCUGGACCAAAGUUGGAGUUGGAUGGGAAGGUGGGCUGCGUCCACAUGCUGCUGUCUCCAGAGCAGAUCACCCAUCUGACAGACCUGCUGGCAGCGCUCUGCAUAGACACUGAGCCAGAGACCAAGUGCGGUGGAGUCCACAGUCGCCCGUUAGACUCAGACGACCUGCGUAUGAUUGAGGAGGACCUCAGUAAGCAGCUGGGUUCCAGCCCCAGAGACCACGAGUGGGAUCCCGAGGCCGACCUGGAGCCUUACGUCACCAGCCUGGAGAAUGGAGAAAUGUUUUUUUCCAUGGGUCCUGCUGGGAUGAAUAGCAGCGUGGCGUCGACUCGCUCCGGCAGCGAGCUCUCAGACAGCGACAUGGAGUCGUCCACACACAGCCUGGCCAGCAUCACCCAGCCGCCAUCACUGUCUGCACAGGGUGUGAUGAACUGUCCCAGGCGGUAUCCUGUCGCUGGCUGUCUGUCGAGUCUGCCCCAGUCCCACAGCAGGACCAGAGGACGCUCGCACAGCGGCCAUCAAGAGCAGCUGAAGCCCGACGCCUUGCUGAAACUGACCAUCGGCGGGCUCACUCUGACCUUGCUGCAGGAGGACCCGCCCACCAGGGCCGACGGAGCCUCCUCAUUGGCUCAGGUGUCUCAGGUGUUUUUCAGGGAGCUGGCCUUCUUCAAAGACAGCAUGUUCAGCGAGAGAGACUUCCACCAUCUGAGAGCUGGCUUCACUAAAGCCUGCCCUCACUCCAAUCUGAGACUGACAGGAGCAGCAGUGCAGGUUGCCUGUGAAAUGCGGAGCGGCAGACGCCGCAGUCGAGCCGUGACCUCCGACCUCUCGUUCAGCAGACUGGAACUGUUAGAGUGCCUGUGGGAGGACGGGAAGCCACAGUACUGUGAAAUGCUUCAGUUCCAGAAAGCGGGUUUAUUCACAGUCGGAGCCGCAGCCAGACCGUGCGCUCAGUUUCACUACAGCCUGACUGAAAGACACUUACGGAAGGGUAAACAGCGGCUGGUGCGGCGGGACAGCGUGGUUCGGGUGGAGCUUGCAGAAUUGAGCGCCGAACUGGACCUGGACAUCCUCAGUCGUCUGGGGAGUCUCAGCAGAGCCUUCAGCCACUGUCCUUCACAAACGGAUGGAUCUGGACUCAUUCAGACACAGAGCAGUGAGCUCUACUCCUCCUUCACCCUGCUCUCCCCGCACGCCGUCCUCAAGCUCCGCUUCCCCAUACCCGACCUGCGGCCCCUCCCACUGCGCCGACCGCCCACCCGGAGGGCGGUGCGGCAGGAGACCCUGGUGCUGGAGCUGACGGAGCUGGAGCUGAAGCACCAGGAGGCCCCGGACCUCCAGAGUCAGAGCGAGCCGGCCGUCCCCGGACAGCCGCCGGCGCCCUGCCUCACCCAGCUGCUGGAGGCCUCCUUCACCGACCUGCACGGGUCAUAUGAGGGCUGGGAGGGAGGAUCUUUCCCCUGUAUCAGAGUAAUGAAGAACCGAGAGUCUCUCCCCAGGAUAUCGGUGCGAGUGCGUGGAGGUGAGGCCCAGGGCCCGGCAGCAGGUCUGAGCGGGAUGAACAUGGGCCUCAUCAGGGACCUCGGCGCCGCCUUCUUCGAAAGUCACUGUGAAUUCAACGAGAAAAGCAGCUCUCCAUUUUCUUCCAACCGCACCAUGUUCGAGACGGAGGAGAUGGUCAUUCCUGCCGACCCGGAUGAGAUGCGUCAGUUCCAGGAGCAGUGCGUCGCUCAGUGCCAGUGUGCCGUCGACAUCAGCCUGCCGCUGGCCUACAUCCUGCUGCCCAGCAAGCAGGCCUUCCAGAGCGUCUACAACAGGAUCAAUAAUGAUCUGUUGAUGUGGGAGCCGCCUCCCCCUCCUCCCCCCUCAGCCCACAGCCCCGACCGCGGCCGCCACCGCCACGACGAGUUCCAGCUCUGCAAGUCGGCGUUCAGACUGGACUCGGAUUCAGAAGAGGACGACCCGCACUUCUAUCUGGCCAGCGACUCAGAUGGCAAGUCUCAGCAGCCCGCGCCCCGCGCUAACCACAACCUCAGCCUGCUGUCGCUGACGGUGAUCAUCGGGAAGGGCCGCCUCCAAGCCAGAACAGACCAGAAGGAGGACCAGACUCAUGGGGAGAUUGUGCUGGAUCUGGAAGGGGGGAAGAUUUUCAGUGUGGCGCAGCAUCAGAAUGACCCCAACCUCAAUUUCCUUUGUCUGGAAAGCAAACGAGUGGAGCUCUUCCAUCGAGCUGUGGUGAAAGACACCCCGAUCCCGCAGCGGCUGGACUUGCCCAGCUUCACUCCCCCAAAGCAUCUGGACCCCACCAUCUACCCCACCGAGGCGGGGGUGAGCAGUGUGAGUGGGAGAGAGGGCGUGCCGCAGAUGCUGUCCACAGCCAUCAAAAUCACGCUGGACCUGCAGAGGAAUGUAAAGGAGUUUUUAGUCGCUCUCCAGCUCCAAGGAGCCACCAUGAGACAUUACAUGACGCAGUCCGAUCAGAGCUGGCACGAGCAGCUGGUCGACUUCCUGGAUGUCAUUGACGAUCCCAUCCUGGGAUACACAGCGCCGGCCGUCAUCACUGUCCUCCACACACACCUCGCCAGCUGUGCCGUCGACUACAGACCUCUGUAUCUGCCCCUGCGAGUGUUGUUCACAGCGGAGUCCUUCUCUCUGUCCAGUAACAUCAUCGUCGACACUGCCACCUUCCACCUCAGAUUCAUCCUCGACGACUCCGCGCUCUACCUCUCUGACAAAUGUGAGACUGACACCGUGGAUUUGAGAAGAGAUUAUGUUUGUAUUCUGGACAUCGACCUGCUGGAGCUCGCCAUCACCACAUGGAAAGGCAGCAACACGGGAAAACUGACCCAGCCUCUCUUCGAGCUGCGCUGCUCCAACAAUGUUGUCCACCUUCAUACUUGCGCGGAUUCCUGCGCCGCCCUGGUCAACCUGCUGCAGUACCUGGUCGCUCAGGGUGACCUGCACCCCCCACCGAGACACACCUCACCCACGGAGAUCGCCGGGCAGAAACUGCCACUGUCAGAGAGCCCUGCCUCGAUGCAGCCCUGCCCUCCAGCUGAAACCGCUGAGAUCAACCAGUACGACCUGGCUGAUGCCUUAAUUGACACGGAGAGGAGCCUCAAAGAUGACGCUUUAGAUCCAGGUUCACCGUCGGUGCCGAGAGGUUCUCCUGUCUCCGUCUACCUGUUCCCCGGCGAAGCCUCGAAGCGCGCUCAGUCCGCCCUACAGGGCGACGACUCCGAGCUGGACGGACUGGUUGCCACAGCAACAGAGGUCCAGGUGGAUCUAAUCUCAGAGGAAGGCUCCGAAGGCUCCACGGACAAUGACGACUUCUGCAUCCUGGAGGCUCCCGGCAUGGGCAUUCCUCCCAGAGACGGGGAGCCGGUGGUGACGGUGCUAUCCAAGGAGCCCAUCAGGAUUAAGGAGAGCCACUUCUCUCGGCCCCGAGGCAGCUCCGACCUGCUGCGAGCGCCGAGCCGCUUCCCGGUGCCGCAGAGCCGGGUGGUGCUGCGCGAGAUCUCAGUGGUCUGGCAUCUUUAUGGGGGCAAGGACUUCGGGGGCAAACCCAUGUCUGUACAUGCUCAGAAUGCAAACAGAGGUCGCUCAGUCCCCGCGGGGGUCCGCGGAUCUCCGUCUCGCAACGUCUCUUCUUCCCGUCCCCAGAACUCGUGGCGGUGCGCUGGAGGCAGCGGGCGCCAGCACACACUUCUGAUGGAGAUCCAGCUCACCAAGGUGUCCUUCCAGCACGAGUCCUACCCUGUGGCAGCUGCUGGGCAGGACGGUGAGGGGUCGUCGGUGGUAACCGGGGUCGGUCCCAGCGGCGAGCAGCCCCUCUCCAGGCAGGUCUUCAUAGUCCAGGAGCUGGAGGUGCGAGAUCGACUGGCGUCCUCACAAAUCAACAAAUUCCUCUACCUCUACACGAGUGAGAGCAUGCCCCGCCGAGCCCACUCCAACAUGCUGACUGUGAAAGCCCUCCAGAUCUGUCCGGAGUCUGGCCUCGGUGGUCCAGAGUGCUGCCUUCGGGUCAGCCUGCUGCCGCUACGACUGAACAUAGACCAGGAUGCACUGUUUUUCCUGAAGGACUUUUUUAGUAAUCUAGCUUCCUCUGUUAACCCGUACCUGCCGGUGGACCCUGCAGCUGAAGUGAAGGCAGAUCUCAGUUCUCAGAAGGCGUCUGAGGAGGCGGAAGCGGCUGGUCUGGGUCCGGACCUCACAGCUUCUGUGGAGACGACGUACAGCGAGCAGAGCUCCUCCUCCGCCGGCUCCACCUCCUCCUCUGAACAGCCCAUCUACUUCCGGGAGUUUCGUUUCACCUCUGAAGUGCCUAUCUGGCUGGACUACCACGGCAAACAUGUGGUCAUUGAGCAGGGAACCUUCGCCGGGAUUCUCAUCGGCUUGGCUCAGUUGAACUGCUCUGAGCUGAAGCUGAAGAGACUCUGCUGCAGACACGGCCUCCUCGGCGUCGACAAAGUGAUUCAGUACGCCGUCACCGAGUGGCUGACAGACAUCAGGAAGAACCAGCUGCCGGGCAUCCUGGGAGGCGUGGGCCCCAUGCACUCUGUUGUGCAGCUGUUCCAUGGAGUGAGGGAUCUGUUCUGGUUGCCCAUCGAGCAGUACAGGAAGGACGGACGCAUUAUUAGGGGUCUGCAGCGAGGGGCGGCGUCCUUUGGCACCUCCACAGCAUCAGCAGCUCUGGAGUUGAGCAACCGGCUCGUUCAGGCCAUCCAGGCCACAGCUGAGACCGUCUACGAUAUCUUGUCUCCCACGCCUCCCCUGAAUCGCUACGCCAUCACCGAGGGCCGGCCCCCAGUCAGCCGACCCCGCAGGGCGGCUCAGCCUGCAGACCUCAGAGAAGGAGUGGCCAAAGCGUACGACACCGUCAGAGAGGGCGUGAUCGACACGGCUCAGACGCUGUGCGACGUCGCGUCACGCGGCCACGAGCAGAAGGGUCUCCCCGGCGCUGUGGGCGGCGUCUUGCGGCAGAUCCCACCCACUGUAGUCCGGCCCCUGAUCGUCGCCUCCGAGGCCACCUCCAACCUGCUGGGCGGCAUGCGCAACCAGAUCAAACCGGACGCCCGGAAGGAGGACUUCCUCAAGUGGCGCACGGAGGAAGCCCAGGAAUGAGGACGGCUUUGACGUGUCUCUGUGUGUGUGUGUAUGUGUGUGUGUGUGUGUGUGUGUGUGUGUGUGAGAGAGAGAGAGAGAGGAUGGCCGUGCGUUGAGAUGUGGGAGCGUCUCGGCUGUGACCGUCGAGCAGUUUGCUUGUGUUUGCAGACUAAUGCCAGUCAGUCAGUCAGUGUGUUCUCUGAUGCAAAAACAAAGUGAUGACUAACUACUACCGCAGUGACAGGCACUCAGUGUUUCUUUUGGCUCCGUCAUACAUGAAUAUACCAGAUUUUUUUUUUUUUCUUUUUCUUUUUUUGCUUCAGUUUUAGAUUUAAAAAUAGCCGCCCUCUCUGCGAGACACUGGUCUGCAGGGUCUCCCUCCUCUCUGUCCAGACAUAUCACCGUCACUCUUUGCUCGCUUGAUUUCCAGUCCGAACAGGAGCAGGUAUGGUAAUCACUCUCUGAAGACGUGCAUUAUGGGCACCUCCUGGUCUGUGAGCUGCGCUGUUUCUACACGGCUGUCCUCUGGUUGUAUGCAGUGAUUCUCAGCAUCACUUUACUCAUGUUCGACAUGCACAGAGGGAAAAGUAGCAUUUACCUUGACUGUGAUAUCGACGCCUCAUUGUUUCUGUAAGACUGUCCUGACCCUUGGAGUUGCGUAACAGCAUGCUGGGAAUUACUGUUUGUACUCUGAUUACUCACUGCAAACUUGGGAACAUCUUUACCAAAGAGAGUCUGUCACAGGUGGGUGAAGAUAUCGAUUUUCAUGGCGCCAUGUGUGAUAACUUUACCUGCUGUGUGCUCAAAAUGCAAGCGGGAGUGAUUUCUUUUUUUUAUUUUUUAUUUUUCAUGAAGUGUCCUUUGCUCAUGCCCUCCAGACAAUGGCAGAUGUUUGUCAUCCCGAUCUCUCGAUGUGACGCGGCGCUAUCGGUUCAGAUUUGGCCCCACUAUGCACCUGCUCCCCACAGUGCUGUCGUUUGUGCCAUAAUCCUUGCGCGGUGCCCUUUUGACUAGUUUUGUGUUGCCUUCCUCAAACCUGCACCCUCCCCACUCAAAGCAAACUCGUUACAGGACUGAACAGAAAUAUCGGAUCACUUGAGGCCUCGAUAAAAUCUGUAGCAUCGUGGAUUCUGUUAAAGCUUGGCAUCUUUUUAAGUGUUUUUUCAGUUGGUGUUUCCUGCAUCACAGCUCAUGUGUUUUCAUGAAGUCGGUUCCUGGGAUCAGGGCCGACCUUCCCUGUCCUCACAGUUGCUUCCCUCUAUGUUUAGUUGCCUUCCUGCUUUUUUUUUUUUUUUAAUGUUUCUUUCUUCAGUUUUUAUUUGUUGAAGCAUAAGUAUUGUCAUACUCGUUUUCAGAAUAAGAAAUGGGAGGAAGUGAUUCUAGUGAAAACAGAGGAUGAAAAAAUUAGGGGUUAAAAAAAGUUUUACAUUUUUUUUCUUUUUGUUUAGUGUGUGUAUGUGUGUGUGUGUGUGUGUGUACACUUGAAUGAAUGAAAGUGUGCUUGCGUGCGCACAUGAUGCAUGUCUGUGAAGGUAACAGGUUAUUGCUUGUUACACCAAUUGUGUGUAAUUACUAUUUACUAUAUCAUAAACUGUAUGAAUGACCUGUACAAUAAAAAGAUGAGUAUACAAAAUUAAUACAAAAAAUAAAAAAAA